CCUUUGCUGGGGGACCUGCCUGAAUACCACCACCCUCCCUGCUCCCCCCGUUCCCUCGGCCUCCCCAGGCCCCGUCGGGGAACUUUGCGCCUCUGGACUCCAUUGCUUUGGUCAUUUUCACAAAGCCAGGCCGGUGGGGCAGGUCCAGCUGGCCUCCGGGACAUACGGAUGCCCAGGACCCCGGGCUAAUCGGCUGUGCCUUCCUCACUUACUGUGCCAGGGACUCCGCCAUCAAAGCUCAGACUGCUCUGCACGAACAGAAGACCUUGCCCGGGAUGGCACGGCCAAUCCAGGUGAAGCCUGCGGACAGCGAAAGUCGUGGAGGUAGGGACCGGAAGCUGUUUGUGGGGAUGCUGAACAAGCAGCAAUCAGAGGAGGACGUGCUGCGGCUGUUCCAGCCCUUCGGGGUCAUAGACGAGUGCACGGUGCUCCGGGGGCCUGACGGCAGCAGCAAAGGCUGUGCCUUCGUGAAGUUCUCCUCCCACACGGAGGCUCAGGCGGCAAUCCACGCCCUCCAUGGCAGCCAGACCAUGCCGGGUGCCUCCUCCAGCCUGGUGGUCAAGUUUGCCGACACAGACAAGGAGCGAACACUACGGCGCAUGCAGCAGAUGGUGGGCCAGCUGGGCAUCCUGACACCGUCCCUCACCCUGCCCUUCAGCCCCUACAGUGCCUAUGCGCAGGCCCUCAUGCAGCAGCAGACAACGGUCCUGUCCACCUCAGGCAGCUACCUGAGCCCUGGCGUGGCCUUCUCACCCUGCCACAUCCAGCAGAUCGGCGCCGUCAGCCUUAAUGGGCUGCCUGCCACACCCAUCGCCCCUGCCUCUGGACUGCACUCGCCCCCACUGCUCAGCACUGCCGCCGUGCCCGGCCUCAUGGCUCCCAUCACCAACAGCUUUGCAGGUGUCGUGCCCUUCCCUGGUGGGCACCCUGCCCUAGAGACUGUAUAUGCCAAUGGCCUCAUGCCCUACCCAGCUCAGAGCCCGACCAUGGCUGAGACCCUCCAUCCUGCCUUCUCCGGAGUCCAGCAGUACACAGCCAUGUACCCCACCGCGGCCAUCGCGCCCAUCGCGCACAGCAUCCCGCAGCCGCCGCCGCUCCUCCAGCAGCAGCAGCAGCGAGAAGGUCCCGAAGGCUGUAACCUGUUUAUCUACCACCUCCCCCAGGAGUUUGGAGACACGGAGCUGACGCAGAUGUUCCUGCCCUUCGGCAAUAUCAUCUCCUCCAAGGUGUUUAUGGAUCGGGCCACCAACCAGAGCAAAUGUUUUGGACCCCACGAGCCAGGAAGCCGAGUGGAAGACGCCCACGUUGCCCACCAUCGCGGGUCCACCCCGGUCUCUGCAGGCUUCGUGAGCUUUGACAACCCCGCCAGCGCGCAGACUGCCAUCCAGGCCAUGAAUGGCUUUCAGAUUGGCAUGAAGAGGCUGAAAGUGCAGCUGAAGCGGCCCAAAGAUCCGGGACACCCCUACUGACCACGCCCACAGCCGCCCGGAGGCUGUGGGCUUGGCCCAGGUGAGCCGCCAGGCGGCCCCACCCGCCCCAACCCUGCCCCGCGUUUUCUGCACCCUCCCUAUUCCCCAAAUCCUCUCCCGGCCUGGGGGUGGGACUGUGGCUAGGGGGGUGAGGUUGCUAAGGGGCCCCCAGGUUGGAUUGUAAGGGACGGAGCUGGAUGAAGACACUCCCAAUCCCUGUCGUGGGAGGGUAGGAUUGGGUUGGGGAAGUGGGGGAAGCCAGUGCGCACCAAGGGUGGUUCGGAAUCCUUCCUGGAGAACGCUUUGGAGGAUAAAUAGAAAUUUGCCUGAGGGGCCAUGUUGGGAAUGGGGUGGGGAGUGUUGUGGGGAUGGGCUUCUCUCCUGUCCUAUGACUCCCAGCUGGGUCCCUCUCUCAGCUCCUCUAUUUGGUAUAGUUCAUACCCAAUGGGUUGAUGGGAAGGUGGGAUUUUGCCCCGCCCCCCAUGCCAGAAAAAAUGUCCCCCCAAACAAAUCCCCAAGAGUAUAUUUUGACUUGACAUCAGAGCAAACAAUUUCAUCAACUCAUUACCUUUUUUAGGGAAUGAAUAGUGAGCCUAAGGGAUCAAUGAGGAAACUAACUACUGACCUCAAGCUUCCAUGAGCCUCAUCUGUGAAAUGGGCUCAUAAAAGCACCUCCCCUAGAGGCAGUAGGAAGGACUCACACAGGGGAUGCAGUGUUUUCCCAGUUGAGCCCGGGAUCCACCACCUGUAAAUUCUUGAUAAUUCCUUUUUUUUUUCUUUUUUAAUCACCAUUGCCGUCAUCAGAAAGCCUUGCCUGGGGUCUGGUGUAAAGUAGGUGCUCAGGGGAUGGAGGUAACUUUCAGACCCGGUCAGGUCUGCACCCACAGAUUUGAGGGUGUGCAGUCAGAAUCCUGCAUCUUGGAGCUCCCAUUUGGAAACCUGACACGUUUGGAAACCAACUCACAGGCAACCCACACACUUUUAACAUGCUGGGAUAGCACAUCUUUCCUGAGCACCUACUAUGUGCUCGGCACUGUUUCCAGUGUUUGGGGACACUGCUUCGCAUGAACAGAACCUUGGGGGUGGGUGAGGGGGAGGGGAGAAAUUGCCUUCCUGGUGCUCCAGUGGCAGGCAGCAGGGGAGAGGAGACACAAAUGAACAGGAAUAUUUGUCCCAAGUUGCCAGAUAAGGACAUGCACUUGGUUACCCUAACUCUGUUCCAAGCCAGGUUUGUCAGCCUCCAAACUCCAAAAUGGACUCUUUCUGAAAAGAUGAGGAAUCUUGGGGUUCUAGACCCCAGCCUGGCCAGGGCAAGGGAGUGGAUGGGAGGGGAGGUCCUUUGCCUUUGUGCCCGGCUCAGAGCUCCCUAACGCCCUCCCUUCUCCACCAGGUGAGGGGCCUUCCACCCCAGGAGGGUUUCCCCGCUUCCAACUGAUCCAGGACUUUUCCGUAAAUUACAACCGAGUUUGGACACCAGCCCUCCCUCUCCUCUCCUGUCUCCCCUGAGCCCCCUUCCCAAAAUGUGAAGCGCUGCUGAGAGGGCAGGGGGCUGAGGAGCUCACCACUUCCUCCUGGGAGAUUUCCUGGCUCCUCACCCCCCACAACCUUGGUGGCUUCCCCAAACUAAAUCACCACUUUUUCUAUAUAUAUAUAUGCAUAUAUAUAGAGAGAGCUAUAGACAGUAUAUAUAUUUUUUGAGUGUAGAUCAUGGGACCAAACUUUUCUGACUUCCUUCCACCCAAGAGAAGGUGACCCUAGGCUGGUCACUCAGCAGGGACAUAAGAAGGGCUGAGGCUGGCCGGACAGCCCCGUGUCUCCUCACCUCCCGGCUGUAUUGUCAGACCAGGGUGCCCGAGAAGCACUGGGAGUCAUCAGCCAACCGAUAUACCUCCAGGACUUUUGGCCGCUGCCACCGACGAUUCUCUCGGGCCUAUGGGCUCAGCCGGCUUGAGUGUCCCUGGUCCUAGCUGCAGCUUCCGGGACCCCGAACUUCCCUCCCUUUUCCCAGGGCCCUGCCUUCCCCAGCACAAAAGAGAGCCCCUGGCCUCCCUCAGCCCUUUCCCCCCAGUCAUAGCCUUACUCAUGUGACCAAUAGCCCUUAGCUUUCCGUCAGGGGUAGAUGGGGUCGGUGGGAGCCCCUCUCCUCCUACCCCCCCCAAGGGCAGGCAGCCAGCCCUCCCUGCCUUCGGAUCACCAGCCUGGAAUUCACGGUCUCAUAACCAAGAUUGCCACGCUCGUUGGACAAGCCCAACCUGCACUGGCCAAGCAUCCCUUUGCCGAAGAUACCUCUUCAAAGAAUUUUUUUUUAACGUUGAUCUUUCUGAGCAGGUACAAAGAAGUAAAGAGAAGAAAAAUGGGGGUGGGGGGAAUCAAACAAUGGAUUUUUGUUUCCUAGCUGGGGCUGGGAGGGAGAUCCUGUGGGGUGCCUCUCUAUACCUACCCAAACCAUGAAAACCCACCUUGAAGCACAGAGUCAAGUUCGUUUGGUCGUCCAGUGGAGCCUAUUGCCAAACGAGGUACCAGAGAACUUAAUAAGCUCAAGAAAAAGAAUUUUUGGAAAAAAGAAAAACCCACAGCAUUCCCUUUUGUUUCUACCAAAAUGUGUUGACCAACCCAGAAAAAAAGAAAAGAAAAACACAUAGUAAAAAAAAAAAAAAAAAAAAAAAAGGAAAAGAAAAAACUUCUUAUAAACUUCUUGGAAAAGAAAAAAAAAAUCUUCGGACCAACUUGUUUCGAUAUUCCAGAGUUUGAUAAUUGUUUCAAGACAUUCUCUAGUGUGCCUGUAUCCCGUGCGUCUGCGUGUGCAAGCGUGUGCUCAGGGGCCAAGAGGGGGCCUCAUCUGCGUCUCCGGUGCCCACCAAGCUCCCGCCAGGCCUGGCGUGCAGUGGUGUGUGUCCUGAUCCAUGUUUACUGGCUGUAAAUACCAUUUUUAUACUCCACACCGAAGAUCUACAUGAUUUGUACAAUGUACUUUAUUUCUGCUACUAGUAAUUUCAUGAAGUUUCAACUUGCAAACCAACUUUUGGAAACAAACCGACACACACACACAUUCACACACACACACACACACAAACAAGGCAAGAAAAGGACUUAGAAGAAACUCUGGGCUGACCAAUUCUGUGGCUAGAGAGGUCCUUGUUACUGUGGUGUGUUUCAGGUGAGAAGCUACAAGCAUCAUCUUUAUGUCCAAAACACCUCUCUUUGGUCUGGAAAAACUGAAAGUUUAUUUAAUAAAAGUUUUACUUGCUAAA